AAUCUCUUUUCGUUCUCAAGAUGCCGCCCAAGAAGGACGCAAAAUCCUCGGCAAAGCAGCCUCAGAAAACACAGAAGAAGAAGGAAGGAUCCAGUGGUGGCAAAGCCAAGAAGAAGAAGUGGUCCAAAGGAAAAGUACGUGACAAGUUAAACAACCAAGUGUUGUUUGAUAAGCCCACAUAUGAGAAACUCUACAAAGAAGUACCACAGUAUAAGCUGAUCACACCCGCUGUAGUCUCUGAAAGACUUAAAGUCAGAGGUUCCCUUGCGAGGAGAGCACUCAUAGAACUUAGGGAAAAAGGCUUAAUCAAGCAGGUAGUCCAACACCACGGACAGGUGAUUUACACGAGAGCAACCAAGGGUGAUGAUCCUGUUGCAUAAAUUAUGAUUAAGUUUAAAUAAAACAAAAAUCCAA